AUGACCAGCACACUGACCACCAUGAAUUGGGAACCACUUCCUCCUCGCGAAAAGUCCUCGCGACAGCAACGGCGACGUGCUCGUGGUGGAAGGGCCAAUGCUGAUGCAAGCCACGAGGGCCAACCAAAGAAGAACGUUCCCGUCAAAGGCGACACGAAACCCAAGCGCAAACCCAACAGACCUGGAUUCAACUCGUACUUGAAGGUGCUUCUCGACGAUGCCACCAUGGACCGCCUUUUCGACGUUGCCACACGGAUUCAGAAAAAAGUACAAGACUUGCAAAAUCAGACGGAUGAAAGCGACGAAGAAAACAAGUCUGAAGCAGCAGCAUUCGAAACAGCUACUAGUAAAGAAAAAGUGGAACCAAAAAUCAAGGAAGAUCCAUCAGCCGAGGAAAAGCAAGAAUCCAAAGCAGCAGCAGGCCAAUCGCCUGGGCCCGAAAAGAAGCAACGAAAGAAGAGACCAUUGAGUUUCAAAGCCCGGUCCAGAGCAUCCCUGCACAUGACGUUCUUCUUUGGCGGCGAGAAUCUUUGUGAACUCCCAAAGGAAGAAUUGCAAGACUGGUACGACCAAGUACGAGACCGGUUGGAAAUGGCAGAAUUUGUCGUGCAAAAAGAAGACCACAACAACAAUGCGCCUGGCAUCAAGGAAGGAACAACCGAAGAACAAUCAUCAGAGACAGCGGAAGAUUUGGCAACAAUGACAACUAGUACCGUAACUGGCGACUACUGGUUUGAUGUAACGGAUGUGCGAAUAUUCCCACCGGGACGCAACAACUUGAUUGUAGCUCAUUUGGAGGCAACUCCUGCAUGGCACGUCCUGCACAAUGACAUUCGAGAUAUUGCCAAGAAUUCCGACUCGAAAGGGCUCAAUGAUAUUGUUGCCUACAGCAAGGAAAAGUGGACAGCUCAUAUCACCUUGGGAAAUAUCUUUGGAGGAGGUUCCAAAGGGCAAAUUCGACAAGCCUUUUCCGCAAUUUUGGAAGAAUUGACGGAAGAAUUGAUGCAGGAAGGCUUAUCAUCAUCAUCAUCAGCAGCAUCAGAAGCGUCUGUUCCAGAGGGCACAGCAACCAAUCCUCAGGAACGGAAAAGUCUCUUCAAGGCUACGACUUUUGGCAUUGGCAUGGGCGGUCCUAUGCCCGAACAGCUUACCGGUAUUGACCUGGAUUGGGGUUUUGUCUACAAGCCGACGAAGCUGGGAUAUUAA